CUUUCAAGCUCGUUUCAGUUGAAUGGAUGCAUCAACAGUUUCCCUUCUUCACAUCAUUAGAAUAUCAAACACCGUUUGUCACUCCCUGGUUCGCGUACUUUACAAGCGUGACACGAAGAACCCAAACCGACCGGACUUCAUUCCUGACUCACAUCAUUACAAGCUCAUGGCGUGGCAAAAUCCCGACAAAUCUGCCGCUGAAUACCACUGUAAGCGCUAAAGAUAGUCCGCUUGUUCUUUCAGGCCCCUAAUGCCUUCUUCCUCGCCAAGUUCACAGGAGUAGGAUGUGAUACAAGAACCACUUCGAGGUGAAAUAGAGAUUUUCUUUGUAGAGGACGUCAUAAAACAACAGCCUAACCAUGAGGGACAGACUGAGUCACAUGCAGGAGAUGUCCAGCAGCUAUGUGGAGCAAAUGGAGUACGCAGAGUCCACGAUGUCGGACACACUCAGCAACGUAGAUCUGGAAGAGGAGCUUCCCCACGAGGCAGUGGUGUUUGACAACAGUCCAGCGCUGGCUGAGAUCUUCACCCAGUCUCAGGACAUCCACAAAGACGUCCAGCGGAUUCGCCUGGAUGUCAAGGGCUUGAGAGAGCAGAACUCCCGGAUGCUUCAAGGUACCGCCACUAUGAGCGUGAUCAAACGAGACUCCAACGCAAUCGGGGCGGAUAUUAAAUCCCGGGCAGAGGGUGUGUUGGCACAUUUGCGGGAGAUGGAUGAGUCCGCCCAUAAGCUAGAAGAAAUACAUGGCCCAAAUUCGGCAGUGACGAGAAUCGCCAGAACCCAGUACGCGUGUCUGAGUAACGGCUUCCGUGACGCCAUGUUUGAUUACAACGACGUAGAGAUGAGCCACCGGGAAAACUGCAAGGCUCAGAUCCAGAGGCAGAUGGAGAUAGUGGGCCGGGAUGUGACCGGAGAAGAAGUAGAGGACAUGAUCGAGAGCGGCCAGUGGAACGUCUUCAGUGACAAUUUCGUGACCGAGUCCAAAACGGCUCGGUCGGCUCUGACGCAGAUCGAGAAACGCCACCAGGAGCUGUUGGAUCUGGAGAAUCGGAUCAAGGGGGUCCAUGAGAUCUUCUUGGACAUUGCGUUGCUUGUUGAAGAGCAGGGGCCCAUGUUGAACGCCAUCCAGACCAACGUUCAGAAAACAGACGAGGGCAUCCAGGAGGCUCUUGUCAAACUGAGCCGGGCCAAACGCCACGACAGGAACAACCCAUUUAAAAAGAUGUUUUGUAGCUGCUUCCCAUGCUUUAACUAAAUGGGCUACUUUAGUCUUGAAAAAUAGAAACAACCCCUGUUCUUAAAGAUUUCCUUCAAAUGUUUAAUAAAAGCCCACAAACCAGUGUGUUUACAUUAUGGAGCAGAAGAGUGAUCAAUCUGGGUUUGGGAAAGGCAUCUUAAGCCCACUGAAGGUUCCCAUGGCCAGAUUAAAAUGAUGCCCCAUAAAAUAUGGAAUAACAGCUGUACUGUUGGACUGUUGAGGUGGAUGACAGAAUCUUUUUUUCUCACAUGUUUUAUCUAUCCAAUUGUUUUCUUGUUGGCUGCAUUUUAAAAUGAUUAAUGUAUGUUAAUUAUAUUUAAUAACCUCAUGUACCGUUUGUUUUAUUCUUUACCAAAAAUGAUCAAAUUAAAAGAUGAAUGUGAGAUUUU